AUGUCGUUCUAUGCUGAUUCUGAAGCACCUAUUGUGCAAUUGAGUGCUAAACCUCACUUCGAUGCUCUGACUGCAAAGGCAUACGCUCAUUACAUGUCAAAAGCUUCUCAUUGGGGUUCUCGUGCUGUUUUGAGGUCUGUUUCUCCUGAGAGCAAUUCAAUUUAUGAUGUUAUUCUUGGAAUUCAUUCCAAAUUGGGGUCUCCUGACACACAAGAAACUUAUACUGAAAAGUUGAAGGAUGUUUUCACUCCUGAAAAAACAUUGUGGUAUUUGGAAUAUGCUUCUCAAUUUUUAUCUAAUUUGGGUAACUACAAGCUGUUUGGUGAUAAGAAGUUUAUACCUAAGUUGCCUCACUCUGAAUUUGACAAGUUGGCUCUCUUUGUAUUUUCGGAAGAUUCUGAACUUCUUGCUAAGUACAAGAGUAUCAGUAAUGCUAUCUAUUCAACUGAUAAACCUUUACUCGGCUGGCCAGAAAAGAAUCAAGUGUCAGCUUAUUAUCCUGAAAGCGCAUCUAUUUUAGAAGAUGAAGUUGUUGAUGUCAAUAGUGCUUUAAUGUCCAAGGGUAUAAUGCCAGAAAAUACCAGAGUUGAAAAGGUUUCUCCCACGGACUUUAUUGUGCAUGUUGCCUCAGCGGAAGCUACAAACAAAACUGGUUAUUACCCUGAUACUAUUACUACCUCUAAGGGUGCCAAGAUUGAAUUCAAAUUUGGUGAUCAUGCUCCAGAAUUCAUUCAAAUAGUUGAAAACCUUAAGAAAGCCCGUGAUUCUGCUUCCAAUGAUACCCAAAGAAAAAUGUUGGAUAAUUAUAUUGAAUCAUUUGCUACCGGAUCAAUGAAUGCGCACAAGGAAUCUCAAAAACAAUGGGUUAAGGAUUUAAAACCAGCAGUUGAAACCAAUAUUGGAUUCAUUGAAACUUACAGAGAUCCCAGUGGUGUUCGUGGUGAAUGGGAAGGACUCGUUGCUAUGGUUAAUCAUGAAAGAACUGCAAAAUUCUCAUCAUUGGUUGAAAAUGCUACCACUUUGAUUAAAUAUUUACCAUGGGAUAAGCUUUAUGAAAAGGAUACUUUCACUCCACCAGAUUUCACUUCUUUAGAAGUAUUGACCUUUGCUGGUUCAGGUAUUCCAGCUGGUAUUAACAUUCCAAACUAUGAUGAUGUUAGACUCAAUGUUGGAUUUAAAAAUGUAUCUCUUGGCAAUGUUUUAUCAGCGAACCCCAAAAAGCCCAAGAAGCAAGAAGUGAUAACAUUUUUGGAAGAAGGAUUGCAAGAAUUGUUCCGUAAAUGGAGGGAUGAUGCUUUUGAAGUACAAGUUGGUUUACAUGAAUUGUUAGGUCAUGGAACUGGUAAGUUAUUACAAGAAACUAGUCCUGGUGUAUUUAACUUUGACAAGGAAGGACACCCUGAAAUUGUCAAUUACUACAAACCAAGUCAAACUUGGGGCUCGCUUUUUGGAUUAACUUCUGGUUCUUUUGAAGAAUGUAGAGCCGAAUUGGUUGCUCUUUAUCUUAUUUUGAAGAAACCAUUAGAAGUAUUGCCAAUUUUUGGCAUAAAUGAUGCCCAAGAGCAAGAUGACGUGAUGUACAUUGCUACAGUAUUAAUGUGUAGAGCUGGCUUGUUGGCAUUAGAAUUUUGGGAUCCAGAAUCAAAGAAAUGGGGUCAACCUCACAUGCAAGCACGUUUUGGUAUUUUCAAGACACUUUUCAAAGCUGGCGUUGCUUCAUUGAAAUACACGGAUAAUGAGACUUUCUCUGAUUUGUUAAUGGUUGUUGAUAAGCUGAAGUUGACCACAGCUGGUGUUGAGGCUUUGGGUGACUUUUUGUUAAAUUUACAUGUUUUCAAAGCCACAGGGAAUGUCAUUGAAGGGGUUGCAUAUUACACCGAUAUUACAGAAGUUACACCUGAAUUUUCCCGUUUCCGUGACGUUGUACUUGCUAAGAAAUUACCUAGAAGACAAUUGAUCCAAGGGAAUACUUUCUUGGGUGAAAAUGGAGAAUUUUUUGUCAAGGAAUAUGAAGAAACUGAAGUCGGCAUGAUUCAAUCUUUUGCAGACCGGGAGAUAUAA